AUGCUCUACUUGAUUUUACUAUGUGGUUAUAUAAUUUUUUAUGGGUUAUGCUGUCUACCGGGGGCUUUCAGUCCAGGUUUCGGUGCUGGCUACGCUCCAUAUGCUCCACGACUUGGUCCGUACCGUUCAGAAGAGCAUCACCACCAUACGUCGCAUUCACACGAUCAUCACACUGGAGCACGGCAACUGCAGCGCGACCAAAUCCAAACUAUUUCAUCGCUCAACUGCCCAACAUUUGCUGAAAACUGUAAAUGGGCAAAUACGAACGAUGAAGAGCUGGAUUGGACUACGUUGCAGGCGUUGCCAGAACCUGAUAAAUAUUUGUCUGCUCUUGGAGUUGAAAAUUAUCCAGAUUCGGCCGCAGGCGCUCUUGUUUCAAACGCUAGAUCUGGAUGGGAAGGUGGCCAACUAAUUUCCGACUCAUUGCCCUGUUUAUCACCAGGAAUACAAAUCUGUGCCAAAAAUGUCAACGAAGCGAUGACGCCGCUACUGAACUGCGACGAAUUCAACAUCAACAAUGGAGUGCCUGUGACUAUGAAUGUUCCUACACCAACUCAUCCUAACCAGCCAACUCAGAUUGUCUUUUACGGCAACAAUUUCGUUUCACCAAUGGGUGGUGCUAUAUUUCUACAGGAUAUUCUGCUACAAGGAAAUUUAGAAUGCAAUGGAAUGAGUAGAGAGAAUUACCCAGUAUUGUAUCAAGGACGUGAUACAGAAGAAGCAUUGCUGCCGGAACAGGCACGUGCCGAGAAGUCGCAGGAGAUUUCCAAACCGCUAAAGAUCAUAGACGACUUGUCUACUUUGGAGGCAAUCGUUGGAAGCCCGAUUGAAAUAAACAAACAGCCAAAGAAAUCAUCAAGCACGGUGGAUUUCCCGGAUGGAAAAGAUAUCGAUAACUUAGUGGAAAAUCCGUUGCUGGAGCCAGUGGAGGGACCUGUUGGCCUUCCACCAUCGCCACCUUUUCCUAGCAGUGCGGAAAAUAGCCUUUACGAGACGUGCUUAGCGUUGGCGUGUGAUCCAUCAGAUCUCAGCUGCAAGUUUUGGCGAUCAUCUGGCGACCAUCGAUGGGAAAUCGGGACACAGGGUCGGCCAGCUAAUCCCCUUACUGGAGUUCGAGGUCCACCUGAAACUGCUCAAAAAUUUCUGGUCGCCCCCUUUCUGGAUCGCAACAUAAGAAAAUACGUUCUUGUAUCUGACGUCAUCGCUACUCCAGCAGCAGAACCUGUCUUCUUUUGCUUCUACGAAUACUUUGCUACACAAGGACUAUCGCUAUCCGUAUGCACUGAAGACAUGGAUUGUUUUUACAAGAAAGUGUCCGUCGAAUUAGGAGAAUCAAUAGCCGACAACAAGAAAUGGAAUACGCGUUGUGCUAAGCUACCACAAGGACGUUAUGAGGUAUCUAACUUAUUCGCUUUGAAAGCACAGGAAAUUACAAAAGUGGAGACUAAAUGGCCAAAGUUCAGCGCCUGCAUGAUAAUGAUUUAA